AUGGCUGUGCAGGACCGGAGGACGGCGAGGGGAGAUUCCUCACACUGUGCUUCUCUGAUGGCUCUCUUCACGAAGGCGUGGGAGUCCGUGGGCUUCCUCCAGUCAGUGAACUCGGUGGUCCUGGGACUCGUCGCUCAGAUCAAUGAGACGGCCACCGCCGAUGAAAUAGAGUUCGUCAGGAAGACCCUGGAAUCCCUGGACCGGCAGCUGGCUGCAGGGAAGGGGUUGAUGAGAGACUCUGAUGUCACCAAGUGUGAAGAUGGCAUCACGGUGGUGUACCAGCAGCUGGCCACGGUGGUGCGGGCCGGGAAGCCGUACAAAGACAAAGAGAAGGAGGUCUUCCUUCAAUACGUGACCGACUACAAGAUUGACCGCCAGCUCAACGCCCUCUAUAACCGCCUGCUGGGCAUCUCCGUGCUGGCAGAGCAGGUGACCCUCCUACAGCAGGUGAUUCGGGACAACCACCCACGUCGCUGGCAGAUGAUCGCCUUCUGCCAACAGGUCAACUUCGUCCUGGCCACGGGUCUCCUGUGCCUUUUCGUCCACGGUUCCUUGACCGGUCGGGAUACCCAACUCAUGAUGGGCAGAUGGACAGACAAGAUGGCCGUUCUUUAUAAGAGGAUGGAGGACACCUCCAGAGACUGCGCCUCCUACUUCAAGACACAAGCCCAAGAAGACGUGGAGAAGUUCCUGCCACUGAACGAGGACUUGUCUGAUGAGGAGAAAGCCAGCGCCCUCCUCAAGCAGAUGGAGAAGAAUUAUGACUGGCUACGCUGGGCGGUGAUGGUCUCCCACUCGCAGACUGAUAAAGCCGGUGGGGUCCUGGUCCACGGGAACUACAUCUCUGUGAGGGGGGAAUGCGGCACACAAGUCGUCCUGAGCUACAGCGAGAACCCUGUCUCUCUAGACAAGGGGAAGAUCAACCAUCUCAUCGGGGAACUGGAAUGGAAACUCCCCAACCCGCCGCCCGACGUCUACGCCAACAUUGAGGCCGAUCCCGGCUACGCCAAGCAGUACCUCGCCCAGCGCAUGCUGAAGAAACUGACCACCGGGCUGGACAAGGGAGUUACCAUUCACACGGUGCCGGGGAAGCUGGAUAUGGCGGGAAAUUUCCCCCAAGCCUCCUACGUCCUCUAUGAGUAUAAACACCGCAUGGCCACCGGCACCGUGUGUAUCUUCGGCUGAACCAUGUGACGUAAAUCCGCCCAGGUUCAGGUUCGGUUGGUACGUUGAUGCUCUGACUGGACUUUUCUAUCAGCA